AUGUCAGGAAGCAAGAAGAUGCCGCCAGAGUUCUCGAUUCCACUUUCAAGCGUUUCGGUAAGAUCGAUAUUCUUGUUAAUAUUGUUGCUAGUAAUUUUCUUGCUAUGGUUGAGGAUUUCUCCCCAAAUGGAUUUUGAACCGUUUUGGAUAUUUCUUCUGUUGGCACAUUCACUAUGUUCCAUGAAGCACUUAAAUAUCUCAAGAAAGAGGGGCCAAGAAGGGACUCUUUUAGUGGCGGAGGAGCAAUAA